UUGGAAAAACAAUAUGAACAUCCGGGUGUCUAGUGUCGUCAUGGUUACCAACAUGGCGUUGCUUGAGGGUGGUGCAUCAUGGGAAACGGACCAUUCUCGAAUUCGAGGAAGAAGCACCCAACUUUCUAGCAACCUCGGACAUAAAGGCAGCGUUUACGAAAACGACUAGUAAGUAAUGUCUGGAUGGUGGCAGCCUUCCUGCCCUUCUAUUGUGACUAAGGACUUCACCUCAGACUUCACCUCAACUCCUAUCAAGGAAAAUGAGAGAAAACAUGUCCACGCGACCGGAGACCUGGGGGCCAACGACGUCCUAUCCGAGGACGACGACACAUUUUCCCUCCUGUCCCCCAUUUAUCAUGAUAGUUAUGAAAGUGAUGAAGACGCCGAGCUCAAUACAACGCAUCAGACAUCCCUUAAAGACACACAAGAACGCAGUGUUUCUUCACUCAGAUGUGAUUUGCAAAAGUCACCUUCAGAGCCUAUGGGACCUGAAGCACUCAGUGCAUGGGAAUUGUGGCUGGUUAAAAAAAUGAAAGAAGACCAACUCAGAUUGAAAAAGAAAACCGAAGAGGAGCGUUUACUGAAGGAACAACGAGAACGGCAAGAAAUGGAACGAGAACGAAAAAGGCUCAUUGAAGAAAGAAAGAUUCUAGACUGGCAACAAAUGAAAAGAGAACAGGAAAGGCGUGAGCAUCUUCUGAAAAGAAGCAAAGAAGAAGCAGAGAUGCGACUACAACAGGAAAAACACAAAGAGGCAGAACAGAAAGCUCAACAAAAGUACAAAGAUUGGCUUCAGAAGAAGAAGAGGGAGAGGGAGGAAAAGGAAAAGCAAGAGAUUGAGAGAGCAUGUUUGAGGGAGGAGCAGGAGAAGGAGCGACGGAAGAAAGCAGAGGAGAACUUCAAUGAAUGGCUGGAAAAAGCCAAUGAAAAAUGCAGAACAACCCUUAAAUCACCUCAUCAUCCAAUACGUCCUUGGGAUUACAAUCACCCACCACCCAGCUUUUACAACCCAAUCCCAUGGAAGCCUAUCCACACUCCCCCUCCAGAAACACCUCCUGAAAACACAUCUAGAAGAAAGCCUAACAAACAACAAAAAAGAGGACCAAGCUUUGGUGCAUCAGGUCAUUUCAGAAACAUAACACACAGAUAA